AUGUCGGGCCAACAGACUCCUCCAGGGCCACCAUACCCUCCUACUACAGCUGGCCUGGGAGGUCAAGCAACAGUCAGCACAGAUGUCCCAGUCUGCUCAGUGCUCCUCCUCUUCUACAUCGGCUCCGCCGUCGGCAACAUGUUCAUCUUCCAAGCCAACCGAAGAAAAGGACACAAAUUCGUCAUAUCAGCGGCGCUCUUCGGCUUCAGCAUGGCCAGAAUCCUGACCCUCUGCCUACGGAUUGGCGUGGCAACACACCCACACAACGUCUCCCUUGCGAUCGCAGCCAACAUCUUCGUUAACGCUGGAAUCCUGGUCGUCUAUGUCGUCAACCUCGUACUGGCCCUCAGGAUCAUCAGAGCACGGCAACCAAAUCUAGGAUGGAAACAAAGCGUCCGAAUCCUCGCACGAGUCCUCUACGCACUCGUCUUCGUCGCCCUCGUUCUCGUCAUCACCUUCGUGGUCCUCAGCUUCUACACCCUGAGCGAAAGCCUCAAACAAGCCUGCCGAGACGCCCAACUCGCCGCCCUGACCUACCUCUUCGUCUUCACAACGGUCCCCUUCUUCAUCCUCGGCCUAACAUACUCCCUCAAACCCGCCCAGGACGCCCAAACCUUCGGCACCGGCCAAAUGCGCACCAAAGGCAUCAUCAUCCUCAUCUCCACCUGCCUCUGCGUCCUCAACUCGGGCUUCAAAACCGGCGCCAACUGGGAAUCCCCCCGCCCGAUCUCCGACCCGGCCUGGUACCAGAAGAAAGCGGCCUUCUACAUCUUCCUCUUCGUCGUCGAGAUCAUCAUCCUGUACUUCUUCAUCGCCAUGCGGAUCGACAGGCGGUUCUUCGUGCCCAACGGCAGCAGCAAGAGGAAGUCGUUUGCGGACUUGCGGCUUGGGACUGGACACACGGGGACGACGAACUCGGAUAAGGAUUCGGAGAAAGAGACUGGUGUGGUGUGA